AUGGCUAGAUCCAUCACUUCGUUAGACGAUGUGACUGCCAACAACUUGGGAACGUUCAAGAAAAUCAACCAGGUCAGCCUUCCCACCUCAUACAGUGAGGCCUGGUAUAAGGAGGCGCUUAACUCAGACCAAAUAGUCAAGCUUGCCUUCUUUUCCGAGUUACCAGUGGGCGGUGUUAAGGCCAAACCACUCAAUUUAUCCAGUGACUUGGCCACUUUCGACAGCGCCGUGGGCGCUAAGCUCGUACCCAAGAUGGUUCCCAACGUUGUGUACAUCGAGACGCUCGCGGUGUUGACGGCGUACCAAAACUUGGGGGUUGGUAAACAGCUCUUGGAUCAUGUCAUCGACCAGACCAAGCAGAAAUACAUUCAUGAUGUGUGUGUGCAUGUCCACGUGACCAACACCCACGCUCUCGAGUGGUACGAGAAGCACGGGUUCGAGCAGAAGCUGCUUGUUAAGGACUACUAUAAGCUUCAAGGAUUGGAGUCUCCAGACGCAUAUUUGCUCUACUUGAAGGUGUAA